ACCUGAGCUGAGAGAGAAGGAGAAAGCUCUGCUCAGCUGCUUGUGCCGGAGAAUGCUCAAGAGUGACUAUCUGAAAGCCACCAGAGAUCUCCACACAUCUGCAGGUACAGGACCAGUGACCUGUCCUACUCUCUCUCCUUAGACUCAUCUACUGGAGUACUUCAAGACAUUUCAUCAUAGCCAUUCAAGUCUUAAAAUGGGAGUGAAACUUGGAGAUAACAAGUCUCAAGCUAGAUCCAUGGGUAGCUGCUGCAGGGGGAUCUUCAACAACAUCAAGGUCUUUGUACUUUGCCAUGCUCUGCUGCAGCUUUCUCAGCUCCUGUACAGUGCUUACUUUAAGAGCAGUCUGACCACAAUUGAGAAACGCUUUGGCCUUUCCAGCUCUUCUUCUGGUCUCCUCUCAAGUAUCCAUGAGAUUAGUAAUGCAGUGCUGAUCAUCUUCAUUAGCUAUUUUGGAUGUCGGGUGCAUCGGCCUCGUGCUAUUGGUAUUGGUGGUCUACUGCUGGCCCUGGGGACAUUCCUACUGACAGUACCACACUUCAUCUCAGACAAGUAUCAGUACACACCUGUUGAAAAUGGGAAUAAGACUCAUCAUGAACUGUGUACAGGAGAAAAUAGGACAUCAUAUUGUACAAAGACACAAGGUCCUCAAACAUCUCAAACAAACAGCAUUCAGUCCAGCAGCAUGUGGGCCAUAAUGGUUGUGGGACAAUUAUUGGCAGGCAUUGGCACUGUUCCUAUACAACCUUUCGGCAUCUCCUAUAUUGAUGAUUUUGCAGAACCAAACAAUUCUGCUUUGUAUAUUGCUAUACUGUUUGCAAUAUCAGUGUUUGGACCAGCAUUUGGGUAUCUUGUUGGCUCCGUGGUCUUGAGAAUGUUUGUUGACAUUGGAAGGGUUGACCUUGAUGAAUUAGACAUUAACCCUCGUGACCCACGCUGGAUAGGGGCUUGGUGGCUAGGUCUACUCAUAGCAUCUGGAUGCCUUGUGAUUACGUCCAUUCCUUAUUUUUUCUUUCCAAAGCAUAUGGCAACAAAUAAGAAACCAAAUACAGAGGAGAAUGUUCUGAGAAAGAUCCCAGAUGCAACCAGCGAGGAAAGUUCUCUAUCCGGCUUUAUUAAAAAGUUCCCACAAUACUUUGCGCGACUGCUGAUGAAUCCACUGUUUUUGAUCCUGGUCCUUUCUCAGUGUAGUUUCUCAUCAGUCAUUGCUGCUCUAUCUACCUUCCUCAACAAAUAUCUAGAGAAGGAAUAUGGAACCACCACUUCAUAUGCUAACUUUCUUAUUGGUGCUGUGAACUUGCCAGCUGCUGCUCUAGGGAUGCUAAUCGGAGGAAUCAUAAUGAAGAAGUUUUGUUUUUCGGCCAAAGUCAUUCCUCGCUUUGCGUUGGUGGUUCUGUUUACCUCAGUUCUGCUCUGCAUACCUCUUUUCUUCAUGGGCUGCUCAACACAGAACCUGGGAAGCUUUAGUGGCAGUACAAACAUGACUUGUAUUCAGAGAUGUGCUUGCCCAGAACAUGCUUUCAACCCGGUAUGUGGGUCUGAUGGAGUGGAAUACUUGUCUCCCUGCCGUGCCGGAUGUAGAGCGUUCAGUGCUUCUUCAUCGGUCUAUACAAACUGCUCAUGCAUCAUUGAUAGUUCCCAUGGGGGCACAGCACAAUCUGGGUCCUGCCCUAUCAGCUGCGCCCACCUCUUGCUUCCUGUAAUGUUCCUCAUCUCAUUUGCUGGACUUGUUGCCUGCCUGUCCCAUAAUCCCCUUUACAUGAUGGUGUUAAGGGUAGUACCUCAGGAUGAGAAAUCAUUUGCAAUUGGAGUUCAGUUUCUUCUUAUGAGACUUUUAGCAUGGCUUCCAGCCCCAGCCAUCUUCGGACUCGUCAUUGAUUCCACCUGUAUACAGUGGUCUUCAUCUUGCAGCCAGAAAAGAGGAGCAUGUCGAUAUUAUGAUAAUGAUCUUCUUAGGAACAGAUACCUUGGUCUCCAGAUGGGAUACAAGUGCUUGGGAAUCCUACUGCUUAGCUGCAUUGCCUGGAAGGUAAAGAAGAGCAGAGAAUACAAUUUACAAGAGAAGAAUUCUGGCAUGGCAUAGCUUCUCUCCUCCACAGCUCAGGCUGUUGGACUAAAGCCUUUUGACUUUCCUUGAAAACUGUAUUCCUCAGGGGCCAGACACUGUAAGCUCUGCCAGAGCCCCUCCUAGCCGUGCAAAUCACAAAGCUGAGGUUCUGAUCAGCAGGGCAGGACCACAAAAGACAAGAAAAUCCAAACAGGACAAGACGGGAGUGCUGUUCUUCUGCUCAGUACACAUGAUAUGGUGGGAAGAAUGCACGGAUGAACAUAUAAAAUUGCACUCACAUUCACAAGUAUAUAUCUUAUCACUCUACCAUCCUAAUCCUGCUGCUGUACAUAGAAGGAACCAUGGUGCUGGAACCUGGAAGUGGAAGGAUGGACUCAUAUCAGACUGAAGUAUGGAUGCUCUGGGUAGCAAAAGAAAGAACUCACUUAUUUCUUAAACUUUAUUUAAUCUGCCAUUGAUGCAAACAUUUUUCCUGCAGGUUUUGAGUCUUUGAGGUUCCAACAUGGAUACAUCAGUCUAGAAUAAUGCUAUUCUAUAACUGCAGACCUUCAGUAUCCAGAUAUCUCAACUACAAAGCUGAACUAUUGGGCUGUAAAAAUGUAAAAUGAAGUCAGGGAAUUAUGAAAGACAAAUGUCUCGUACAGUUCUUCAUCGGCCAGUGGAGUGAGGGUUUUCUCCAUCGGUAUAGUCUUGCAGACUGCAGAAAGGACUCUUAGGCCUCUUUCACACGGGCGUCACGGAUUUUGUCCGGAUGCAUUGCGGGUGCAUUGCAGCAAACCAUGCGCGCGUAGGCACGCAAUUUCAGUCAGUUUUGUCUGCGAUUGCGUUCCGUUGUUCAGUUCUUUCCGCGCGAGUGCAAUGCGUUUUGCACGCGUGUGAUAUAAAAAUGAAUGUGGUACCCAGACCCGAACC